AUGGAUAAAAAUCGGAAUCUUCAAUGGAUUUUCCUCAUUUUCGUCAUCAGUCAAUGCGUUGUCAUCUGCCAGAAAUUGAAUGAGACCGAGAAUUUGAUAAGGUUGAGCACCUGUGGAAACGAGUUUCUUCCUCAACCGUCUCAAGACGAAAACGGUGUCAAUAUUGACUAUUUCAACGAGACCGUCCGAAAAUCCUUUUGGCUUUCAUGGGCCACUCAACCAAAUGGCUCAACAGUACUCCAUUUCAAGCAGUCCGCAGCGUUUCCAAUAUCCAAUAGACAUGUCUUUACUUCUUCUCAAGUAGUUCUGACAGCCAACAAGACAUGGGCUCUGGAUGGUCUACCAUUUGAAAAUUGUAAUGAGACGAUAGAUUAUGCAGAUGUUCCGGAUCACAUUUUGAAAAACCUCGUCGUCUCAUUUGGAGGAAGACGUGUUGAAGUGUUGAGAGGUCGAAUGCUUGUAUGUCCCAAAAAUAACUUUCAUAUCAUGUACACUCCAUUGUUACUGGAAACUGAGCCUCUGAGUUUUCUCAGUAUUCCAUGCUUGGCAGAUGAUAAUUCUAUCGAAUUCAAACAAGAUGCUGAAGUUCAUGCCUAUGGAUUAGAAGGACUGAUCAUGACACAUCGGAAAGUUAAAAUCGAAACAAAAAUAUAUCAUAAAACAUGGAUUCAUACGUUUCCUCGGUACAAAUAUGCAGAUAGUCGUGGAGGUCCUCUAGUGCUGAAUGUUAGCGGUAAAGCUACAGUAAUCGGAUUGAAUGCAGCUGGUAGUGAUGAGUACACCGAAAAUUAUUACUACAACAUGGUGGUACUUCAAGACAAGAUUUGUGAAUAUUCUGGAGUCUGUUUUGUGAAGAACUUCACUGAAGCCCUUGCGAAGUUAUCGGCUACAGAAGCACCACUAACGAAGGCUCCAGAAGACGGAGGGCUCUCACAAAAUACCCCAAAUAGAGCAGGAAACAAUGGAACACCUCAAAGACAGUCUCCAGAUGCCCAUGAACCAAAAGAACGGAAGAGACCAACGUAUUCGGAAGGAGUCGAGCCGGAGGAGAGUGGAUCGGAUGAGGAUGAGGACACUGAUAUCCUCCUCGAUAAGGAUUUCAAUAGAGGGACGAGAUUCGGGGAACAUGGACUUUCCCUUGUUUUUCUAGUUGUGGUAAUAUUGGUUUGA